GAAUCUGGAACAAAUAAAAACAAAAGCGAGAAAAAAGCAAAGUUGGGAGGAACUAGAAAGCAUGGAAUCAAUGGUGUGAGUGUAUAUAUGGUGCCGUUGUUUGGAUGCCGAUUCGGAGGUCCCUUGCUUUGUCUGGCCGCUCUCUCCCUUUCUCUUCGCACUUCUUGUCGCUGUUCUUCUUUUUCACCACCACCAUCCUCUUGGUUCUGCAGAAGACCGGGAUCCUCGUUCCUUCCUUCAUCGUCGAGCAUCUUUGGACUAGUGGUGGUGUCGACAAGAACAAGUUACUGGUACACAAUUUGCAAAAAUAUGGUGUAAUUAAGUCGAAGAAGGUAGCUGAAGUCAUGGAGGCUAUUGACAGGGGAUUGUUCGUACCUCCAGGAAAUGAUCCUUAUUUUGACAGUCCUAUGCCGAUAGGUUACAAUGCAACUAUUUCUGCCCCCCAUAUGCAUGCAACAUGUCUCGAAUUGUUGCAGGAGCAUUUGCAGCCUGGAAUGCAUGCUUUAGAUGUUGGUUCAGGAACUGGCUACCUGACUGCAUGUUUUGCUAUGAUGGUGGGACCAGAAGGCCGUGCUGUGGGCGUGGAACACAUCCCAGAGCUAAGGGAUAGUUCUAUUGACAACAUCAAGAGAAGUGCUGCUGCAUCUUUGCUCGAACAAGGCUCUCUCUCUGUGCAUGUUGGAGACGGUCGACAGGGGUGGCAACAAUUUGCUCCUUACAAUGCCAUUCAUGUGGGGGCAGCAGCUUCUGAAAUCCCGCCUUCACUCAUCGAGCAGUUGAAGCCUGGGGGAAGAAUGGUGAUUCCUGUUGGAAAUUUCUUCCAGGAUUUGCAAGUCGUUGAUAAGCAGCUUGAUGGUUCUGUCAAUGUCCGAAGUGAGACGUCGGUACGCUACGUCCCGCUUACCAGCCGUGCCGCGCAGCUGCGGGGUUCUUAAAUGCUUAUACUUGCGUAGAAGGUUCUUAAAGGAAUUGGUCUUUCUAUGAUACUGUGCUGUAAAUACGUUAUGCCUGUAUACUUUUGUAGCUAAAAGAAUCUUGAGAUUUGGAAGUAAAGACUGGAUAUUUGGCUGGGUUGCCUUCUCUUUUUUUUU